UGCGCCUGCUGCCCGUCCAGGUCACGUGCAAGGCCACGGAGGAGGAUAUUCGUGCCACGGCCGAGCAGAUGAUCAAGGAGGCAUUCACAGAGCUGGGCACCACAUACACGACCGUGUUCAGGUCGCGGAACCAGUCGCAGCUGACGCAGACCGAGGCGCAGACGGCGGUGAACGGCCUGAUCGAGGCCGUGUGCCCGACGGCGCGCCUCGACCACAAGACGCCGCAGCUCACCGUCGUCAUGGAGGCCAUCCGUAACGUGCUCUGUCUGGCCGUGCUGCCCGACUACUUCGCGCUGCGCAAAUACAACCUGGUGGAGCUGGCGCGGCCGGCGGACGGCGCGGCGGAGGCGCGGGCGUGCGCGGAGGCGGCAGGAGUCGGCGGCGGCGCGGGCGGGUCGGCAGCGCCGGCCGCCGAGAGUGGCGAGAGUGGCUCUCCGCCGGCUGCGGCGGAGAGCGCUGCGCCAGAGCCGAUGGUUGCGGCGGAGAGCGUGGCGCCAGAGCCGAUGGUUGCGGCGGAGAGCGCCGCGCCAGAGCCGAUGGUUGCGGCGGAGAGCGCGACGCCAGAGCUCCCAGCUGCGGCGGAUAGCGCGGCGCCAGAGCCACUGGCGGCUGCUGGCGGCUCAGUGGCACCACCUGUAGCCGCAGACAGCGACCCGGCGCCAGCGGAGGACGCCGCUGCGGGGGCGCCACCCGCCGAAUCGCCGGGAGACGCGCCGCCCUAGGCGGCCGGCCGUGCGGCGACAG